AUGCUUCAAGAAUAUGGACUUGAAUCUAUCCCUGAAGAAGAGUGUCUCUUUAUAAGUGCCAACUUACUAGUCCUUUUCUAUGUGGAUGAUAUCAUUAUUAUCAAUCGGCCUACCCCAGAAGCCCGCGCAGAGGCAAAACGAUUCAAAAUUGCCCUAGCGGCUCGCUAUGAGCUAAGACAUAUGGGAGAAGUUGCAUGGUUUCUGAACAUUCGAGUUAUUCGAGAUCGACCGAAUAAGAAGCUAUGGCUUUGCCAAGAUGCUUACAUGGAGCAAAUGGCUGCAAAAUUUCACCUUAACGACUUGACUAGAUGGCCUGAAACGCCUCUACGUACGAAUAUCGAACUACUUCCCAAUGAAGAGCAAGCUACACCAGGUCGAAUCCAUGAAUAUCAGCAGAAAACUGGUUCCGCUCUAUUUCCAACCAUUAUUACUAGGCCUGAUGCAGCCCUAGCAGUCAACGAACUAUCGAGAUUCUCAAAGAACCCUUCGCCGAGUCAUAUAGAGGCAAUCAAUCGAGUUAUUGCUUAUCUCUAUGACACCCGCUAUCUAGCACUUGAGUUCAGCGCCAGCGAGCAUGCAGACGAGGUCUACAUUACUGCAAGUGAUGCUUCAUUUGCUAAUAAUGAAGAUAGGAAGAGUACUGGAGGAUAUCUCUGCAAGCUAUUUGGAGGUCCAAUUGAAUGGAAAUCGGGCAAACAACGCGCAGUCACUACGUCAACUACUGAAGCAGAGUAUGUGGCACUUGCAGAAGCUGCUAAAGCAACAUAUUGGUGGCGCAGAGUCUUCAAAUCAUUGGAGUUUGAUCCAGGUCAUUCGUUUGCUAUCUAUUGUGACAACAGGCAGACUAUCGAUCUGCUUACCAAGGAUACUGCCCAACGGAGCAAGUUACGCCAUGUUGAUAUCAACAGAUCAUGGCUUCGACAAGAGGUUCAAGAAGGGAGACUUCAAGUCAAAUGGAUUCCUACCAACCAAAUGACUGCAGAUGGGUUCACGAAGGCUCUCCCAGUUCAAAAACACCGAGAAUUUGUGAAGAUGCUCAAUUUGGUCAACAUCAAGGAUCUUAUUCAUGACUAA